AUGGGAAACAGAGCUAAUGUGGGGCUGGGCCCAUGCAGGGUCUGUGUGCAUGCCUGUGCAUGCGCUGUUGUGAACGGGAGCUGUAGAGCAGGCUGUGCCAAGCGCCGCUUCUUGGAGAGGGCUACCGAAGGGGCUCCCUCCCGCGAUGUCAUCCUCGUCUCUGCCAUCAUCACCGUCAGCCUUAGCGUCACCAUCGUCCUCUGCGGGAUCUGCCAGUGGUGCCAACGGAAACUGGGUAAGCGUUACAAGACGUCCCUGGAGACCGUGGGGACCCCAGACUCCAGCCGAGGCCGCGGUGAAAAGAAAACCAUCAACGAUCUAGACAGAGACUUUUGGAAUAACAAUGACAACACAGUGCAGCAGAAAUGGAGUUCCUACCCUCCCAAGGAGUUUAUCCUAAACAUUUCACCCUACGCCCCGUACGGUGAUCCACGGCUUUCCCUCAAUUUCGAGGACUCCACCCUGUCCACAGCCACUACCCUUGAGUAUAUCCCCACCUCAGCAGGCGAUCCCAAAUGCCAGAGGCCCCGCACGCUCAUACGCCAGCAAAGUCUGCAGCAGCCCCUCAGCCAGCACCAGCGGGCCAACCACAGCCAGCCCACCACCAGCCAGAGCCUGGGCCACCUCCAGGCCCACAGCGGCUCCUCCUCCAGCACCAGCAACCCCCGAGGCUCCCGGGGCGGCCCGGCGCGCCAGGGCACCACCGCCAGCUCCAAGCAGCAUGCGCCCGGCGGCCGGAGCCGCUCCAAUCCUGGCAGCUGGGACCACGUGGUGGGGCAAAUUCGCAACCGAGGCUUGGACAUGAAGUCCUUUCUGGAAGGCCGGAUGGUCGUGCUAUCGCUGGUUUUGGGACUCUCAGAGCAAGAUGACUUUGCCAAUAUCCCCGACCUGCAGCCCGCUGGGACAGAGCCGAACCAGCCGAACGCUCAGGGGGACAAGAGGUUACCGGCCGCUGGCAAGGCGGUGAACACUGCCCCCGUGCCGGGGCAGACCCAGCAGCACGAUGAGUCUGACCGGAAGACGGAGCCCCGCUCCUCCGUCUCGGACCUCGUCAACUCCCUGACCAGCGAGAUGCUCAUGCUCUCCCCAGGCUCCGAGGACGACGAGGGACACGACAGCUCCAGCCGGGAGAACCUGGGCCGCAUCCAGUUCAGCGUUGGCUACAACUUCCAGGAGUCCACCCUCACCGUCAAGAUCAUGAAGGCACAGGAGCUACCAGCCAAGGACUUCAGUGGCACAAGUGACCCCUUUGUCAAGAUCUACCUGCUUCCCGACAAGAAGCACAAGCUGGAGACCAAGGUGAAGCGAAAGAACCUGAACCCACACUGGAAUGAGACCUUCCUCUUUGAAGGUUUCCCCUAUGAGAAGGUGGUGCAGAGAGUGCUGUACCUCCAGGUCCUGGACUACGAUCGCUUCAGCCGUAAUGACCCCAUUGGGGAGGUGUCCAUCCCCCUCAACAAAAUAGACCUCACCCAGAUGCAGACCUUCUGGAAGGAUCUGAAGCCCUGCAGCGACGGCAGCGGAAGUCGGGGAGAGCUGCUCCUGUCCCUGUGCUAUAACCCCUCUGCCAACUCCAUCGUCGUGAACAUCAUCAAAGCGCGGAACCUCAAAGCCAUGGACAUCGGUGGGACAUCAGACCCAUAUGUGAAGGUGUGGCUGAUGUACAAGGACAAGCGGGUAGAGAAGAAGAAGACAGUUGUCAUGAAGCGUUGCCUGAACCCUGUCUUCAACGAGUCCUUUGCCUUUGACAUCCCCACCGAGCGGCUGCGUGAGACGACCAUAGUCAUCACCGUCAUGGACAAGGACAGGCUGAGCAGGAAUGAUGUCAUUGGCAAGAUCUACCUGUCCUGGAAGAGCGGCCCAGGCGAGGUGAAGCACUGGAAGGACAUGAUUGCCCGCCCGCGGCAGGCGGUGGCACAGUGGCACCAGCUGAAGGCCUGAGCUCCGGUGCCGGAGCGCACUGCCCAGCCCUCCGGCUUGYGGCCCUGCCGGCCUCCUGGUGCGGACGAGAAGCAGAGGGAACAGUUGGACGUGGCGGCCCUGCAGUCGGAGGGGACCCAGAGGCGCCCAGGACUGCGGCAGCUGCUGGACACGGCACUUGAGGACACGGUGCAAGAAGGAGUGACGCCCCCGUCCCCACCRCCGUGCAGGACUUCUCCAAGUGCUUCCAGCCCCCGCCCUCCCAUCUGCAGAGCCCCUCUGACCCAAUGCUCCCUCCCUGCAUGAUUGGGGAGACCCCCUGCCCCCAGACUCUUCC